AUGCAACUUAAGUAUUCCUCUAAUAUUAUGCCUGCUUUAGAUGGCAUGUAAAAAGUAAGUGGAUUAGCAUGGUCUUACAAUGGUCAAAAGCUUGGUGUUUGUACUGCUGAUAGAGUAAGAGUUAUAGAUAAUAAAAUUAGAAAAUAUUAUUAUUUAAUGAUUAAUUGGGUAAGGAGGACAAUUUCCCAACGAAGCCCUCAGAUAAGACUCAAUAGAAAUCUUAUGUAGUAAGAGCAAUAGAAUUUUCUCCAGAUUCAACAAAAAUAGCUGUUGCUCAAUCUGAUAAUAUAGUUUAUGUAUAUAAGAUUGGUGCAAAAUUUAAAGAGAAAAAGACUAUCUGUAAUAAAUUCCCAGCCUCUUCUUCAAUAACAACAUUGAUAUGGCCAGCAUAAAGAGAGAAUGAUAUCAUAUUUGGAUUAGCAGAAGGAAAAGUGAAGAUUGGAUUUUUGAAAAAUAAUAAAGUAAUGAAUUAUACUAAUGUUAUUAGUCUUAAAUAGCAUUCACAACAGAAUCAUAUGUAGUUAGUAUGGCAACUAAUAGAGAUGGAGAUAUGGUUGUAUCAGGUCAUCUUGAUGGAUCAGUAUACAGUUACAAUUUAGACACUUAAUAAUCAUAAAAGUUAGUAGUGCAUCAUUCUAUACCUUAUGCUUUAGCUUAUGGUUAACAUGUGGCAGCAGCUGGUAAUGAUCAAAAAGUUUCAUUUUAUGAUAAUUAUGGUAAUCUAGUUUAAAGAUUUGAUUACACUUAAGAUGAAAAAUGCAAGGACUUUUCAGUAGGUGCUUGUAGUCCUAAUGGAGAUAUUAUAGUAUUAGGUAAUUUUAAUAGAUUUUAUCUUUAUACAUAUAAUCAAAAAAGAUCAUAAUGGGAAGAAAUAGGAGUUAAACAUAUAGAGAAUUAUUAUACAAUUACAGCAUUAUGUUGGAAAAAUGACUCAUCAAAAUUAAUAACUGGUUCAUUAUGUGGUUCAGUUGAUGCAUGGGAUAUUUCAAUGAAAAAGAUUAGAUUUAAAGGAAAAUAUGAUUUGAAUUAUAUUGGUCCAUCUUAAAUUGUCAUUUAAGUUUUAUCAACAAAUUAAUAAGCAGUUAUUAGAUCAUCUUAGGCUGAAAUAUCAAAGAUUGAUAUAAAAAAAGAGAGAUUUGUAGUUGCUAAAACACAUGAAACAUUGAUUGUAGGAGAUUUAGCUACAGGAAAGACAUCAGAAGUAAGUUGGAGAGGAAGUGGAAAUGAAAAGUUUGAUUUUACAAAUGAAAAUAUUUGUAUGGUAUUUAAUGCAGGUGAAUUAACUUUAAUAGAAUAUGGAAGUGAUCGUAUAUUAGGUACAUGUAGAACUGAACAUAUGAAAAAUUCACUUAUUAGUGCUAAAGUUAGUUAUACUGGUUAAAAUAAAACUAAAGUUAUUGCCUUUUUAUUAGAUUUAUAAACACUUUAAAUAUAAGAUUUAACUACUAAAAGUAUUAUUGCUACAAUUGCUCAUGAUACAAAAAUAGAUUUCUUAGAAUUGAAUUCUCAUGCAAAUAGAUUAAUAUUUAGAGAUAAAAGAAGAUAAUUGUAUUUAUAUUCAAUCAAAAAUGCAUUUAAACAUACUUUAUUAUCAUUUUGUAAUUAUGCUUAAUGGGUACCAGAAAGUGAAGUUAUUGUUGCUUAAAAUAGAAAUAAUUUGUGUGUUUGGUAUUCUAUUGAAAAUCCUGAUAAAGUUACACUUUAUACAAUAAAAGGAGAUGUAGAAGAAAUUGAAAGAAUUCCAAGUACACCUACAUAAGCUGGUUCUACUUCUGUUAUUGUAAGUGAAGGUUAAAGCAAAGUUGCUUAUAAAUUGGAUUAAGCAUUAAUUGAAUUUGGAUUUGCAAUUGAAGGACGUGAUCUUGAAAAGGCAGCCUCAAUUUUAGAUAAAUUAGAAUUGACAUCAGAUACUGAAGCAAAUUGGAAAGUUUUAGCAUAAUUAUCUUUGGAAGAAUAAAAUUUAUCUGUAUCUGAACAUUGUUAUGCUGCUUUAGGAGAUGUUGCUAGAGCAUCUUAUUUGAGAGGUAUUAAUAGACUUAUAUAAAAAUAUUAUGAAGAAACUGGUAAGAAGGAUGGAAUAUCAUAUUAUAAAGUCUAAUCUAAAUUGGCUAUUUUAGAUAAAUAAUUUACUAAGGCUGAAGAAUUAUUACUUAAUCAUAAUGAAGUAAAUGAGGCUAUGGGAAUGUAUUAAGAUUUACAUAAAUGGGAUGAAGCUAUUAAAAUUGCUGAAAAAAGAGGUCAUGAAUAAGUUAAAGUUCUUAAAGAAAAUUAUUAUUAAUGGUUAAUUGAAACUGGAUAAGAAUCUAAGGCAGCUGAAUUAAAAGAAAAUGAAGGUGAUUUUAUUAAUGCUAUUAAUCUUUAUUUAUAAGGUGGAUUACCAGCAAAAGCUGCAAAUAUUGUAUUUAAUUGUAAUAUGUCUUUCCCAUAAGAUUUAUUGGAAAGAAUUGCUUAAUCUUUAGCUUAAAGUGGUAUGUAUGAAAAAGGUGGAGAAUUCUAUGAAUAAAUGGAAGAUGAUUAAUAAGCUUUGAAUUGUUAUAUUAAAGGAAAUGUAUUCAAAAAGGCAGUUGAAUUGGCUAAAAGAAAAGAUCCUAAAUUAGUUAAAUAAUUGGAGGAAAGUUGGGCAAAUUAUUUAGUUGAAAAUAAGGAAACAGAAAGUGCCAUCAAUCAUUAUGUAGAAGCAGGCAAAUUUUAGAAAGCUAUUGAAGCAGCAGUCUAUAGUAGAUCAUGGACUAAAGCUAUUUAAUUAUUAUAAAAUUAAUCUGCUGAAGUUUCAAGACCUUAUUAUAGAUAAGUUGCUAAACAUUAUGAAGAUGUUAGAUAAUAUGAUUUUGCUGAAAAAUAUUAUAUUAAGGCUAAUUCUCCUAUUGAGGCUUUUGAAAUGUAUGUAAAAGCUAGUAAAUGGGAUAAAGCACUUUCAAUAGCUAGAGAAUAUUUACCUGAAGAAAUUGUUUAAUUAUAUUUGAAUCAAGGUAAGAAAUUUGAAUAAGCUGGUAAAUACAAAGAAGCUGAAAAAUUAUAUUUAACAGUUUAAGAGUAUGAUACUGCUAUAUAAAUGUACCAAAACCUAUCACAAUAUGAAAGUGUUAUAAGAAUUGCAAGCAAAUUCACUCCUUAAAAAUUAAAAGAUAUUCAUUUGGGAAUUGCAAAAAAAUUAGAAAGAGAAAACAUACUUAAAAGAGCUGAACAACAUUAUAUUGAAGCUGGAUCAUGGCAUUUAGCUAUGUAAAUGUACAAGACUCAUAAUCAAUGGGAAGAAGCAAUUAGAUGUUGUAAAAUGUAUGGAUCUGAGAAAGAAACAUGCUAAUAAGCUAAAUUAUGGGCAGAAUCCUUAGGUCCAGAUGCUGGAUUGAAGAUGCUUCAAAGAUUAAAUUUGGUUGAUGCUUUGAUAGAAUAUUAAUCAGACAGACAUGAAUUUGAAGAAGCAUUUAAAUUGUCUAAUUUACAUGCUAAACAUAAAUUAUAAGAUGUGCAUUUUAAAUAUGCUUGUCAUUUAGAAGAUGAAAGAAGAUACAAAGAAGCAGAAGAAAAUUUCAUUAAGGCAGGUAAAGCAUCAGAAGCCAUAAAUAUGUAUGAACAUCUGGGAGAUUAUACAAGUGCAUUAUAAGUUGCUCGUCAAUAUGAACCAUAAUCUGUUACUUAAAUUUUAAUCAGUUAAGCAAAGUUCUUUAUAGAGAAGAAAGAUCUUUAAAAAGCAGAACAAGCUUUUAUUUAAGGUAAAAGACCUGAAUUAGCAAUAAAAAUGUAUGUUGAUUAAGGUAAUUAUCCAUUGGCUUUGAAAAUUGCUAAGAGUCAUGCUCCUCAUAUGGUUGCAGAAUUAAAUAAUAAAUAUGGUAAUGUAGCUAAUACAUAUAAUAUGACAGGUGAGGAUUUAUAUUAAAGUGCUUAAACUUGGGAAGAAUAGAGAGAUUAUUUAAAGGCUAUAGAAAUCUAUUUAGAAGUUACACCUUAAAAUACUUAAAGUGAAGAUGUAAUGACAAGAGCAUGGGAAAGAGCUAUAUAGAUAGCAGCCAAUUAUGAUAAAGAUAAAUAUCCAAGAAUUGUAUAGAUAGUUUGUAAGAGAUUAAUAGAAAUUAAGAAAUUAGAAACAGCAGCAUAUCUUUAUGAAUAAGUUGGAUAAUAUUAAGAAGCAGUAACUACUUAUGUUUAAGGUAGAGAAUUUGAGAAAGCAAAGUAAGUUGCUUAAAUGAUUAAUAAUAAAGAAUUAAAUACUAAAUUAAUGGAUUACAUUACCAAAGAAUAACGUAAAUAUGGAGCAUCAACAGGAUAAGCUAAUGUAAUGAUUGAAACUGGAGAUGUUGCUGCUGCUAUGGAAAUGUUAGCAUAAAAAAAUGAUUGGGGAUAAUGCUUAUAAUUAGCUGAUAAACAUGGUGUUGAAUAUUUAAAUAAAUAUUUAAUGAGAUAUGUUAAAAUUACUAUGUAAUAAGGUAGAUUCAGUGAAACAAUUCAAUCAUUAGCUACUUAUGGAAUGCCAAUCAUCUAAUAAAAUUAUCCAAUUUAUGAGAAUCUAGCUAUCGAAAUCUUUGUUGAAUGUGAUCCAAAAGAAUUAAAAUUACUUAGAUAAGCUUUGUAUGGAUUUAUAUAAGGAUUAGAAGCUGCUCAUGAAUUAAAAAGUGAAACUGGUAAGAAAUUCUUAAAAUUUGGUAUUGUUGCUCAUUUACUCAAUCUUAGAAAUUAAUAUGCUUAAGAUGGUAUUGUUAAAUUACAUGCUUAAACUUGUAUUUCUUUAUUAAGAUACUGUGAUUUAGUAAGAAUUGAUUAAUUGUAUUUGGAUGCUGGAAGAGUUGCUAAGAAAACAAAUUAAUUAGGAUUAGCAUUUGUUUUAAUGAAUAGAUAUUUAGAUAUAUAUGAAGUUAUUGAAGAUCCAGAUAAUAAUAAUGGUUUAGGAGAUGGAGCAGAAUUCUAAAAUAGUGAUUUACCAUCACCUUAUGAUGUACCAAUGCCAGAAAAGAAUUUAAUAUCUGACAAAGAAAAAGAAGAAAUAAGAGAUUGGUUACUAUAAUUAUCUGUAAAUCAAAAUUAAGAACCAGUAUUACCAACUAGAUAAUGUGAUUGUGGAUAUUAAAUAUAUGAUGCUUCAUUAAAGUAAUUAUAUAAAUAUAAUUAUUUAGAUGCUUUAAAUGUAAGUAAACAUGGGAGCCUUGCAUUAUAACUGGUAUGCCACUUCUUAAGAAUUAAACAAUUAAUUGUUAAUCUUGUGGAAAAGGGGCACUAAAAGAUGCAUGGAAUACAUAUUUACAAGCAUAUCCUACCUGUCCAUGGUGCAAUAAACACGCAAAAUGA